AUGGAAAAGAUAGAGAGACAGAGAGACAGAAUGCAUGCAUGGAAGAGACAGAGAGACACACAGAACGUGCACAUGGAAGAGAAAGGGAGACAGAGAGAGAAAGAAAGAAAGAGAGAGAGAGAAAGAAAAUGUGUGCAUGGAAGAGGGAGAAGGACUGAGACACAGAGACAUGGAGAAUGCACACAUGGAAGAGAGACAGAGAUAGAGAAUGACAGAUGGGGGGAGGUGAAGAGAGAGAGAAUGGAAAAGAGAGAGCACAUGCAUGGAAAAAAGAGAGAGCACAUGGAAGAGAGAGCGCGUGAGGGAGCAUGGAAAAGAGAGAGAGAAUGGAAAAGAGAGAGAGCGCAACAGGUAGCAUGGAAUAGAGAGCAUGGAAAAAAGAGAAAGAACAUGAAAAAAGAGAGAGAGAGAGCUUGAAAGAAAGAAGUUGAGAGCGAGAAAGAGCACGGAAAAGAGAGAGCGUGUGUGAGAGAGAGAGUGCGCACACGCAUGGAAAAAAGAGAGAGCACGCAUGGAAAAAAGCAGGAGGGUGUGAGAUAGAGAGAGCUUGCACAUGGAAAACAGAAGAGCAUGAAGAGACAAAGAAAGAGAGAAUGUGCGCGCAUGGAAGAGAGAGUGCGCCCCCGGGAGAAAGCGAGAGAGAGUGAAGGCAUGGAAAAGAGAGAGAGAGAGAGAGCGCAUGCAUGGAAAAGAGCGAGAGUGCGUGCAUGGAAAAGAGCGAGAGAGAGGGAGAGAGUGCGCACAUGGAAAAGAGAGAGCAAGACACAGCGUGAGCAUGAAGAGACAGAGACAGAGAAAGAGCACACGUGCGUGGAAGAGAGAGAGUGCGCACAUGGAAGAGAGAGAGCCAGAGACAGCGUGAGC